UCAGCCCGCCAUUAAACGUGUGGCGGAACCCAACGGCUCGAUUCGUUUUUGGGCACCUUUUACCUAAUUUUUAAACGCUCUUCGUGUUGGCUUUUCUUUUCCUAGAAAAUAAAAUUCAGAGACAUACUUAUAUAUAAAAGUAUUAACAGAUAUAAGUAACUGUUUUGUUCAGCUAGCGUUUAAAACAGCAGGGCUUCUGUCUCUGUGUUUGGCACUGCCAGUUCAGCUGUUCAUUAGCCGCCAACCGGUGUCAAUAAUAAUUUUCCACACUGACUUCAGUGGUUUCCUGGAGCUCCUGCGGUCCAACGUCCCACACUCAAUAUGUCCGCCGGGAAGGUCCACAUUUGCUCAGUAGGAAUGCGGUAGGCGGGGCUGUUAGGCUAGUGUCAAACUUUGGGAAUGACAGGAGUGCUGCAGGAUUCGCAAAGAAGGGGAAGUGUCGCCCUUGUUGGUCCUGUUUGGAUUACUUUGACUUCUUUUUACGCACAGCCUUUGGAUUCACCACCUUUCUACAGAUAGUACGGCCUCAGCAGAUUCCUCAGCCAUGUCGGAGGACCUGAGCUCCCAACCCUGGUCCAUCAACAAAGAUGAUUAUGAGCUACACGAGGUGAUUGGGAGUGGAGCCACAGCGGUGGUCCAAGCAGCCUACUGUAUACCACGCAAGGAGAAGGUGGCCAUCAAACGCAUCAAUCUUGAGAAGUGCCAGACCAGUAUGGACGAACUCCUGAAAGAGAUUCAGGCCAUGAGCCAGUGCCACCACCCCAACAUCGUGUCUUACUACACCUCGUUUGUGGUAAAGGAUGAACUAUGGCUGGUCAUGAAGCUGCUCAGUGGCGGCUCUGUGCUGGACGUGAUCAAGCAUAUCAUCUCGCGAGGCGAACACAAGACGGGUGUCCUGGACGAGGCCAGCAUAGCCACCGUGUUGAAAGAUGUGCUCGAGGGCCUGGAGUACCUGCACAAGAAUGGACAGAUCCACAGAGAUCUCAAGGCUGGAAACAUUCUCCUCGGGGACGAUGGUUCAGUGCAAAUUGCAGACUUCGGCGUCAGUGCCUUUCUAGCCACAGGUGGUGACAUCACUCGAAAUAAAGUGCGCAAGACCUUCGUGGGAACGCCAUGCUGGAUGGCCCCGGAGGUCAUGGAGCAGGUGAGGGGUUACGAUUUCAAAGCAGAUAUUUGGAGUUUUGGGAUCACAGCCAUCGAGCUUGCCACAGGAGCCGCACCUUAUCACAAAUACCCACCAAUGAAGGUGUUGAUGCUGACGCUGCAGAAUGACCCUCCAACUCUGGAGACCGGCAUCACAGACAAGGAGAUGGUAAAGAAAUACGGCAAAUCUUUCCGGAAGAUGAUCUCACUGUGUCUACAGAAGGACCCAGAGAAAAGGCCAACAUCCUCAGAGUUGUUGAAGCAUAAAUUCUUUCAGAAAGCAAAGACCCAUGAGUAUUUACAUGAGAAGUUACUUCAGAGGGCGCCCACAAUAACAGAGAGGUCGAAAAAGGUACGUCGAGUGCCAGGUUCCAGUGGCCGGCUGCAUAAAACAGAAGACGGGGAGUGGGAAUGGAGUGAUGAUGAGCUGGAUGAAGAAAGUGAAGAGGGUAAAGCGGCUGUUGCUGCCUUAAGGGAGCAGCAGGUGAAGCCUGUUAGCGCCCCCAGGCGACAAGUGCGCUUCUCCUACCCACUCGAGCUGCCUGCGUCCAGGUCACCCAGAGUGAAGGAGGGAUCACAGAAUUCAGAGGUUUUCCAGACUCCGGAGCCCUCAAGUAGUCAACUCCAGCCGAUGGCCGCGGGUCAGGCAGAACUACCUCAGGCUGCAGGCCAAGUUCCACUGCAGCCCACACCCGUCAGCACUCAAUCCACUGCCCAGGCUACAUCUCCCACACCAGGUGUGCCCGCUGCUGCUGCUGCUGCUGCUGCUGCUGCUGUUCCCACACAGGUUCCAGCUGCUUCAGGAGAUGUUAAGGCUCCCAUUAGUUUGGUAUUAAGGUUAAGAAAUUCAAAGAAGGAGCUAAAUGACAUCCGCUUUGAAUUUAUGCCAGGGAGAGACACAGCAGAUGGUGUGUCCCAGGAGCUGGUGUCAGCAGGCCUGGUGGACGGGAGGGACUUAGUAAUAGUUGCUGCAAAUUUGCAGAAAAUAGUUGAUGAGCCUCAAGCCAAUAAAAAUGUCACUUUCAAACUGGCUUCUGGAAUUGAGGGAUCUGAAAUACCAGAUGACGUCAAACUGAUGGGCUUUGCUCAGCUUAGCAUUAGUUAAACUGUUGUUCUACCUUGAACCGUGACUUGCCUAAAAAAUGUGAAAAUUGAAAAAAAAAAAAUAGUUUAAUGCAUUUUUUUCUUUCUAUGGCUGUAAAGAAACCACUACUGCCAAAGAAAACAGUACCGUUUUGUCACCCAUAGGAUUAUACAAUGCCGCCUCGUUGAAUUAGGUGGUCGGCUGAAGUAUCAGAACGUACAGUGUAAGAAUCACUCAAAAAAAGUUUACAGUGUAUAUGUAGAAGGAUGCAAACAUCUACGACUAACAGUUUUCAUUUCCCAUUCUGUUCUCCCUCAUCCUGUUUUCUCUCUAAUAUGUGAUGCAUUUGCACAAUCUGAACUAACACCCUUGAAUCCUGAUAAGUGUAACAAUGCCUUAUAUUCAUCAGAACUACUGAAUGCACGUUUUGGGGAGGUCCCCAGUUACCAUAUGGAGCAUUAUGUUGUCUGAAAUGUACAAAUGUGGUUUCAGGAGCUGGUGUCAAACUUUUUACUUUAUUUUGAACAGAGGUGAGCUGCAGCUUAGUGAGCAAACCAGAAUUUAAAUUUUGAAAUAUUCUCUCAAGAUGAGUGCCAAACUAUGCCAAAUUGCUUUUUAAGAAAGAUGUGAACACUCCCAACAGUAAGCAAUCUUUGAAAGUUAAGACUUAAGUUAAGGUUAAGUUUUAUUCUGUAUUUUUCUUAUUGUCAACAGAUAUAAUAAAAAAAGCCCAAAACCAACUGUGCUAGAUAGUCUCUCAAUACUUUCCAACUUCCAAAGUAAAAUGUUUGACAGCGGCUGAGACCACACCUGUUGUAUGAGCAGAUGUGUCUGUUGGUUUAGUUUGUGUCUGUUUGGAAUCAGUUUCUCAAAUUCUUUAAGAAAAAAAAAAGACUUAAGUGCAUAUUUGUUUAUGUGGAUGAAAAAUAAGUACUUGAUUUAACCUCUAGUAUGUAAAUAAUGACAUUUGGCUUUGAUUUGUUUUUAUACUGGGUGUUUCACUCUUGGCCUUUUUUCUGUCCUAUGACACGAUUGUGGGGUUGUAGCGCUGCAUGAAGGAAAACGACAACACUGCAAAUUUGGCUUUGAAUUCCCUUGUUUUGCAGGACAAACUAUCACUUACUGUAUGUCAUAUAUGACGUUCAUUUACCUUUACUUAUGAAAAAAAAAUCAACUUUUCACUUUUUGCCUUUGAAAAGUUUGAAUUUAUUUUGCCGUGGAGCCACAGCUGUCCUGAUGCACUGCUUAACGCCUGUCCACCAUAAAUUUCCCAAAUUUUGAGCCAAGUAAUGGCAAAAUUGCCUCCAACUCUUUAUAAACACCAAGUGGAGGCUGUUUACAGUAGUUAUUUCAACCCACAUCUCAAGUCAUAGAACUGCUUUAUCACUUUUUUAAAAUAGCUAAAAAUGAAGGUUUUACAUCCUCCGGUUUUGAAAAGCUCAGCCGUGAUCGUAAACAUUCUGAAUGAUCAGAAAUGUAUUUUGGAUUUGGCUGUUAUCAGUGCAGAUGUUAACAUCCUUUCAGCCGCACUCUGGAUGUUUUUGUGCAUUAACGACAUGGUUUGACAAAUGUGUAUCUCGCAGUUAACGGCACCGACGGCAGUGGCAGGUUCAUUUAACACUCUGCUCUAUUGUGUAGAUCUGAAAUGCCAGCAAGGUUUUACUGUUUAAUUUGGUGAUGUGAUAAUGUCAUAACCCUCCAGAUGCCAUAUUGAAUGAAUUUUUUUUUUUGCUUGCAGAUAAAAAUGUUAAGAGGAAAUCUUUGUAUUUUGACUUUAAACAUGUAAAAUUUUACGCUAGCCUUAAAUUGAAAAUGACCAAGUGUAUUAUUUUUUCUUCUUUUUUUGACAUAACGUCAAGGUUUUGAUUCAGAUUUUCAGUGUCUUUGAAAUGUAGUUCUUGUUACACGUGAAGAUACCUGAAAUAAAGAUAAACAGGUGUGUCGACCCUGUCUUCUCCUCGAGGGGGAGCGACAAAGUCAACAACCCAAUGUUACUCUUAAGUUUCUAAACUGCAGUAUUUGGUUCCAUUCUCCUGGUUUAGUCUGCAGUUGACGGCAGACAAGGACAGGAUUGGUGUGUAUGAGUUGUGAGAAAAGUGUGCAUGUGUGUGCGUGUGUGUUGCAGCAGAUUGAGCCCUGCUUCUAACGGAGUUGAAGAUCUAAUGGCUUUGUCCUCAUCCUUUCUCCAACAGUCUCUACUGUCCUGCUUACAUGUAGUCUAACAGCAACAGAUGACAGACCAAAAAAAAAAACAAAACAUAAAACAAAAAACAAAACAAACAAACAAAAAAAACUUUUGUCUAGGCAAUAACUCAUCAAGGCUGUAAUAUAUUUGAAUUUUCCACCUCUUUUCAGUUUUUUCAUUCUUUCAUUUGCUCUAUUUUUUGAUCGUUUUGGAGUUCAAAGCAUGUUUCUCUUGAUUAUUUUUAAUCAAUAAAGAAUGAGCAUAUCAGCCUC